CAUCUCUCUCUCUCUCCCCCUAUUUCUCCCCACCCAACUCAAGCACAGCUCAUCUCUCUCUCUCUCUCUCGCAAAAAGAAAAAGCCACCCAUCAAUGGAAAAUCCCUCAAAACCUCAAGACAAAGACAACUCAUCUAUCAUUCAAACCUCUCCAAAUAGCAGCAGCAGCAGUAGCAAUGGGAUACCUCUCACCCCAAAAACCAUCACAAGAGCUGAAAACAAUUCAUACCCAACAACCUUCAUCCAAGCAGACACCUCCUCCUUCAAGCAAGUAGUCCAGAUGCUCACAGGCUCCUCUGAGACAACCAAGCAAGCAUCCAAGACCGUUGAUCCAUCGAAAACAUCGAUACCGCCCAUCAAGACGGGCCCAAAGAAACCGGCUUUCAAGCUCUAUGAGAGGAGAAGCAGCCUUAAGAACUUCAAGAUCAGCCCACUCAUGCCUGGAUUCCACGUCAAUUGUAACAACGGGUUCUCACCAAGGAAACCUGAGAUCCUCUCCCCAAGCAUGCUUGAUUUUCCCUCCCUUGUUCUCAGCCCUGUUACGCCGUUGAUCCCCGAUCCAUUUAAUAGGCCGAUGGUGAUGAUUGAUUCCAGUGGGGUUUCAGCUGAGGAGAAAGCGAUCGCCGAGAAAGGAUUUUACUUGCACCCGUCACCGAUCUCAACCCCACGAGAGUCUGAGCCUCAGCUGUUGCCGCUCUUUCCGUUGACAUCUCCUCGGGCGUCGUCGAAUUCUUCUUGAGAUCUGUAAGAAUUUUGGCAAUGUUGAUGAAAUAUGGGUUGUGGAUUAUUUAUAGAGAUCUUGCUUCAAAUGGUGUUUUUGAUCUCUUCUUUUUUCACCUUAAUUUCAAUAUCCCACUUUGCUUUUUUAUCAAUAUAAGAUGUUUUCUUUUCUUA